UCGAGUUCAAUAGGGUUUCAAGGGCUGGUCUCAGAACCUCAUGGAGUUGUGACCUUGCUUCCAUGGAAACAGGCCUUCUGAGUUCCAACAGCCACAUUACAAGUGAACUCUGGAACACACCAUGUGACCUCAAGGUUCCAGGUGACCCCACACCAGGCACUGGGGCUGGCAGGCAAGUCCAGGCUGGUGAGCGGCUGUCUUUCCCUCUAUAAGAAGUGAAUGGAUGAACCAAAGCACAGAUCCCAAGAAGUGAGGAGCAGCCCAGCCAUCCAGCGAGACCAGCACAGACAGCCAUAGAACCACCUGAUGCCCUGUGCCCACCUGGCCCAUGCCAUGUUGGUCACUGUAUACUGUGUGCGGAGGGACCUCUCAGAGGUCACCUUCUCCCUCCAGGUCAACCCUGACUUUGAGCUGCACGACUUCCGUGUCCUCUGUGAGCUUGAGUCCGGCAUCCCCUCCGAGGAGACCCAGAUCGUCUACAUGGAGCGGCUGCUCGUGGACGACCACUGCUCCCUGGCCCAAUACGGCCUCAGAGAUGGCGAUGUUGUGGUUCUGCUUCAGAAGGACCAUGUGGGAUCUCGGCCUCAGGGACGGCCACCCACCCAGUCUCGAAUGGACUCCACUGGUCUCGCAGUGCCCGGCACGUCCAGCUCCCGGCAGCACCACCGUGCACAUUCGCUCCAGAAGGCCCAUGGAUUGGGCUCUGGGGAGAAGAGGACAUUUGCUCAGGGCCUGGAGAGCCCCGCCUUCAUCCGAAGCAUGCUGCUUUCCAAUCCCCACGACUUGUCUUUGCUGAAGGAACGCAACCCUCCCCUGGCUGAUGCCCUGCUCAGCGGAAACCUGGAGACGUUCUCCCAGGUCCUGAUGGAGCAGCAGAGGGAACGGGCCCUGAGAGAACAGGAGAGGCUACGCCUCUGUGCCUCUGAUCCAUUUGAUCUGGAAGCUCAGGCCAAGAUAGAAGAAGAAAUACGGCAGCAGAACAUCGAGGAAAACAUGAAUAUCGCCAUGGAGGAGGCUCCGGAGAGUUUCGGGCAGGUGGCCAUGCUCUACAUUAACUGCAAAGUGAAUGGACAUCCUUUGAAGGCUUUUGUUGACUCAGGGGCCCAAAUGACCAUCAUGAGCCAAGUGUGUGCUGAGAGAUGCAAUAUAAUCCGUCUGGUGGACCGCCGGUGGGCCGGGAUCGCUAAAGGAGUGGGGACACAGAGAAUUCUCGGGCGAGUUCACCUGGCACAGAUUCAGAUCGAAGGGGAUUUCCUGCAGUGCUCCUUCUCCAUCCUGGAGGAGCAGCCCAUGGACAUGCUUCUCGGCCUGGAUAUGCUCAGGAGACACCAGUGCUCCAUUGACUUGAAGAGAAAUGUGCUGGUGAUCGGCACCACAGGCACUCAGACUCACUUCCUCCCCGAGGGAGAGCUACCACUAUGUGCUAAGCUGGUCACUGGGACUGGGCAGGAGGAGUCUUCAGACAAGAAUGUAGCAGAGACUAUUAAACAUUCAUUCGUGGACCCAGGAUGGAAAAAGUGUUAAGAUGGCGUGUAACUAGGUCUCCACCUUGAGGAGGGUUUUGGGUCCUGGAAAAUGCUAAGACAUGAACCCACUGGCAGUGUGAUCAUUAAAAAUAUCAGUGACAACCAAA